UAUAUUUUCUGUUUUUUUUUUUCAAACCUUCCUUCCAUAUCUCCUCUGUAAUUUCCGCCUCCAAAUCCUUUUCAAAAUUUAAGCUUUUUGUAAAAUUUGAGAAGAAACAACAACAUUUUGAUAUGAUUGUCUUACGUUCAUUUGAUUCCAAGUCGACGAUCCUUUGAUCUCUUGUUCAAUCUUGCGCGAUUUUCGGAAUUUUUUAUACUUCUUCAAUAAAUUGAUCGCAUUUAUAUUAUAAUGGGGAAUUGCUGUGGAACGGCAGGAUCAUUGAUUAACGAUAAGAACAAGAAAGGGUUUAGAAUCGCAAAUCCUUUCUCGAUCGAUUACGGCCACCGCCACGACGGCGAUAAGCUUAUUGUCCUCAAGGAACCAACGGGCCGAGAGAUCAAGCUGAGAUACAAACUGGGCCGCGAGUUGGGCCGGGGAGAGUUCGGUGUCACGUAUCUGUGUACAGACAACGAGACCGGAGAGGUUUUCGCCUGCAAAUCCAUCUUAAAGAAGAAGCUGAGGACGACGGUGGAUAUAGACGACGUCAAGAGGGAAGUGGAGAUCAUGAAGCAUUUGCCUGAGCAUCCAAACAUCGUCACGUUGAAAGAGACUUACGAGGACGAUAAAGCUGUGCAUUUGGUCAUGGAGCUCUGUGAAGGCGGCGAGCUUUUCGAUAGGAUUGUGGCCAGAGGGCAUUACACCGAGAGAGCUGCAGCUGGUGUUCUUAAGACUAUCAUGGAGAUUGUUCAGAUGUGCCAUAAGCAUGGAGUAAUGCACAGAGACCUAAAACCUGAGAACUUCUUGUUUGCAAACAAAAAGGAAAAUGCAUCUUUGAAAGCCAUUGAUUUCGGUCUCUCUGUUUUCUUUAGACCAGGGGAGAGAUUUAACGAAAUCGUUGGGAGUCCUUACUACAUGGCUCCCGAGGUGUUAAGGCGUAGUUAUGGGCCAGAGAUUGACAUUUGGAGCGCAGGCGUAAUUCUCUACAUAUUGCUUUGUGGUGUUCCACCUUUUUGGGCAGAAACCGAACAUGGAGUAGCAAAAGCAAUUCUUAAAUCUGUGGUUGAUUUCAGAAGAGACCCUUGGCCCAAAGUUUCUGCAAAUGCAAAAGAUCUGAUCAAGAAGAUGCUUCAUCCUGACCCGAGGCGUCGUCUUACAGCUCAACAAGUGCUUGAUCAUCCGUGGAUACUGAAUGGUAAGAAUGCUCCCAAUGUAUCACUUGGUGAAACCGUAAGAGCAAGGCUCAAGCAAUUCACUGUUAUGAACAAGCUCAAGAAAAGGGCACUCAGGGUUAUCGCUGAGCAUCUAUCGGUUGAAGAAGCAUCCGGCAUAAUGGAAAGAUUCCAAGUAAUGGACACAAGCAACAGAGGAAAGAUCACCAUGGACGAGCUAAAGAUCGGAUUGACGAAACUCGGGAUCAUUGUUCCCCAAGAUGACAUUCAAAUUUUGAUGGACGCGGGAGAUAUUGAUAAAGAUGGAUAUUUAGACGUGAAUGAGUUUGUAGCCAUAUCGGUACACAUCAGGAAGAUAGGAAACGACUACCACUUAAAGAAAGCCUUUACGUUUUUUGACCAAAACAAGAGUGGCUAUAUCGAAAUAGAGGAGUUAAGAGAUGCUUUGGCAGAUGAGAUUGAAACUACUAGUGAAGAAGUUGUCAAAGCCAUUAUCUUUGAUGUCGAUACCAAUAAGGAUGGAAGGAUAAGUUAUGAAGAGUUUGCAACAAUGAUGAAAACGGGAACAGAUUGGAGAAAAGCUUCGAGGCAAUACUCGAGGGAUCGUUUUAACAAUCUUAGUCACAAGCUGAUGCAAGAUGGGUCCUUGCAUUCUAAUGGCGAUACAAAGUAGAACGAGCUUGAUAUCCUCUGACACGGAUACUUUAUCCUUAGUCUCAGAAGAUUGACUUGAAUCGUAAAUCGAAAGGAAGAUCAAUAUUUGUUCUUUCUUUUGUUUUUUUCCUUCACAUUCUCACAACAUAAAUUGUUAGU